AUGACGAGACUCUUGGACAUCAAAGAAUACUUUCCAGAGUUGAUCGAUCGACUCAAAUUUGUCAUAAAGCUACCAAAAGCUAAAAGCAUCAAUCUGCACACAAAUGGUUGUUGUCGAUUCUCAUCGUUGAAUGAACUGAUGAAGCUAGAUGAUCAAUACGUGAUUGGAAAUGGAAUGUAUUUUCAAAGUCAUCUCUACUCAUCUCAUCUAAGAGAUUUGUUCUUGGAAUGGACAAAACCGACAACGAUGGCAAUGGAUGAGAAGAAAAAGAGUUUUCCUCCUGAGAAGAUCAAAGGAAAAGUACUUUGCGUUCACGCUCGACGCGGUGAUUUCCGCUACGCUCGCCGACCAAUGGCUUCUCAAGCAAAUUUCACUAGAUAUGCCACAAAGUUUAUACUUGAAAAAUACCUUCUGAAUCAGAGCAGCAACCAAUCGACAGUAAUUCUAUUCUCAAAUGAUCUCAGAUGGAUGAAUAAAACGUUUUCCGAUGUAUUUAUCGGCGCAGAAAGUGGAGACGUCAAUUAUUUGAUGGCAACCAAUGUAACCCCUUUAUCAACGAUCAUCAUUUCGCGACAAUAUUGUGACAAUUUAAUAAUUACUGCUCCAGCAUCGACUUUUGCUUGGUUUAUGGGUUUCAUGGCUAAAGAAGGCAAAGCUCGAGUGUUUUACUCGGAGCCCUUCGCUAAAUCGAGCGGCAAUCUGGUGCCAGAUUUUCGACCAAGUGAAUUCCAUUUACCGCAUUGGAUACCCUUAAGGAUUCAUUCAAAUCUCACUUUACAAGAGAUCUCCGUCAACGAGAUUGAGCCUUAUCCAAAGAAAAAUGGCAUUGCUUUUGAUGGAGAU